UCAGAAAGCUGUUACAAUAUCUACUUAUUAUUGUAUCAUUGUGUUUUUGAUGCAGGGUCUUGUAAUGUAGCUCAGGCUAGCUUCAGGUUUAUAGUUGAAUUUAUAGUUGAGCUGCUGCCUAACUUAUACCCCACUGGUUCUGCAUAGGCUGUGCAGCAGGUGAUCAGUAACCUACUAAUUGAGAAGAUAGAGCUUCGUUCAGAAGACUCUCCGGAUAUUUUGCCUUACUCUCACGAAAGAAGAGUUGAAAAGCUUGUUGUUCCCCUUGGGGAAGAACUAGGAGCCAUUCAAAGGACAUAUGUCCAGAUUUUAGAAACAUUUGCCAGUUCUUUGAUUAAGAGAAAUAUUUUGAUGAAAAGAGACAUUCCCAACCUAACAAAAUACCAGAUAAUUCUGGCAAGAGAUCAAUUUAGGAAAAAUCCAUCCCCAAAUAUUGUGGGAGUUCAGCAAGGCAUAAUUGAAGGAGAGUUAGCCAUCUGUAUUAGUUUAUACCAUGGUUAUGAGUUACUGCAGCAAAUGGGAAUGCGAUCAUUAUAUUUCUUUCUCUCUGGAAUCAUGGAUGGAACCAAAGGAAUGACAAGGGUAAAAACUGAGCUCAGCCGGAACGAGGACUUCACGAAGCUCUACAGUCACCUGCAGAGCGUGUUUGCCCACGUGAGAGAUGCCGUUGCAGCCAGCGAUGCUUCGGCUUUCCAGAAAGGAAAUAAAGAGAAAAAAUUUGUCUAUAGUCAUCCAAAGUUAAAGAAACUGGAAGAAGUUAUACUCGAACAUUUCAAGUCAUGGAAUGCUAAAAACACCACUGAAAAGAAGUGCCAGGAGAGCAGAGUUAUGAUCUUCUCUUCGUUUCGAGAUAGCGUUGAGGAAAUUGCAGAGAUGCUUUCCCAGCACCAGCCAGGCGUUAGAGUGAUGACGUUUGUUGGCCACGCCUCAGGGAAAAACACAAAGGGUUACACCCAGAAGGAACAACUGCAGGUGGUGAGACAGUUCCGUGACGGUGGUUAUAACACCCUGGUUUCCACCUGUGUUGGAGAAGAAGGUUUGGAUAUAGGGGAAGUGGAUCUCAUAAUAUGCUUUGAUGCCCAGAAGAGCCCAAUCCGCCUCAUUCAGCGCAUGGGUAGAACUGGCCGCAGACGGCAAGGCAGGAUUGUUGUCAUCCUCGCUGAAGGACGGGAAGAGCGUACAUACAAUCAGAGUCAGUCCAACAAAAAAAAUAUUUAUAAAGCUAUUUCAGGUAACAGACAAGUGCUUCGUUUAUACCAAGGAAGUCCACGAAUGGUUCCUGAUAAAAUCAAUCCUGAAUUACACAAAAUGUUCAUCACACAUGGUGUCUAUGAACCAGAGAAGGCUCGGAGUGUACAGCGAAAGUCGUUCUCCUCAAGGAGUGGAAUAAAAGCUGGUAAUUCGAAUAAAGAUGGGCUCUUGUCAGAAGAGGAAUUUAACCUAUGGAACAGACUCUAUAGGUUAGGAGACAGCGACACAGUUAAAGGAGUGGCUUUGCCUCGGUCUCACUUCCUGUCUUUACAGGAGGACAGAGUGGCUCAAGAACCAACCACUGGAAUUCACCAGCUCUCUCUCUCCGAGUGGAGUGUCUGGCAAGAUCAUCCGCUUCCGACGCAUCAGGUUGAGCAUUCGGAUCGAUGCCACCAUUUCAUCAGCAUCAUGCAAAUGAUAGAAGGAAUGAGACAUGAAGAGGAUGAAUGCAGCUAUGAAUUGAAAAUUAAACCUUUUCUACAAAUGGAAGAUGUCUACUCAAAAUAUAAUGCUCCAAGGAAUGGAUAUAAGAAUGUAGCCAGUGUCACCAGAAUUGCUCCCAAGAAGUCUUCAUUUAGACCGAGUGUAGAUGCAGGAGGCUCCUUGUCAGUGACAGAGUCUGAGGAAGGGUGUGCUGACACCGUUGAACAAAUGGAUUCUGAAUGGACCAAAAUUACUUCUCUAAGGGAAAAAGCCACAACAGUGGGAAAAGGCCAGACUCGUGAGCAAACUGAUGACGACCAUGAUGAUGCAGACUCUUCAGACAGUGACAGGAAUUCUCCUGCAGACGUUGUUUCCCGGGUACCACCCAGUGGUGAAAGAGUGGCAGAUGUAGGUGGAAUCUCCAUCCUGGGUGCUGUUACUGAAGAUGAUAGCCAUCCAGGAGCAUUGUUAAUGGAGUGUCAGGUCGCAGAGAAGUCACUUGCCAGGUACUCCUUAGAUUCUGGUUAUAGUAGUUUCAGUGAUGAUAAAUCUCUGUCCUCACAUUUGUUUCUUCCAUUGGAAGAAGAGCUGUACACAGAGAGAGCAGCUGAGCUGUUUUAUCAUUGUCAGCGCAUGACAGAAGAGGUACUGGCUAAUGUGGAGAGAUUUCUAUCUCAUUCUCCCCCUUCCCUCAGUGGACUCUCAGAUGUGGAGUAUGCUGUUACCCAGGGUUUUGAACUUGACAAUGAGUCCUGCUUACCCUACCCAGAGCGUGAACACAGUCCUAAACCUGGAUCACCCUACCCAGAGCAUGAACACAGUCCUAAACCUGCUUCUCUGGCAUUAUACACUGCUGUGAAUUCUCAAUCAAACUUAGAAUUGAAUUCAGCUAAACAUACUAAUCAUCCUUCUGAAAAAGAUUGUCUCCCUGCCACAACUCAUAAUAACAUUCCUGAUCAGCCCUCCUUCUGUGACUCUGAUAGUAAAACCCACAAUAUUAAAAAUCAGAAUUUAGUAUCUAACAGUUAUGGUCAAAUACAAGUAAACCUUGAAAAUAAUUUGGUUGACGAGAACAGCCGUGAUGAUAGUGAGCCCCCAGUAUUGUUCACUGAUGAGGAUGAGAGUUUACUGUUAUUUGAAGAUGAUUUGAAGAAUAUUGAAGAUGGUACUGAAGAGUUGAAUGGGGUGGGCCUUCCUCCCGUGGACAGAAUCAGUCAACCCCUCUGUGUGUCAGAUAAAACUCUGGUAAGUGAGAUGCCUCCAGUCUCUCACUUCUUAAUUUCGGAUGAGUUGUUAGAUGAUGAUUCUGAGCCUGAAGAUGAAGUCAUCUGUGACACCAAGCGUUGGGAAGGUGUGGAGGACGGAGAUGACGAGAUGAAAACCGAGGGGCAGCCUUUCGACUGCUCUGCGGACUUAUUCUCUGUUACCUUUGACUUAGGAUUUUGUAGUUCAGGUUCUGAUGAUGAAAACCCAGCACGUGCAUCUGAUAGGAGCAGCACCCUGGGAACAGCCGAAGUGCCUGGACGACAUUCCGAUAAGGAGGUAAAGGAUGCCAGUCAUGCUUCAGGUCCACUGGGUGGAACCCUAUCACCCAUCCCAACUGAAGAAAUGCCGUGGUCGCCCUGGGCACAGAGUAAGGAAUGCGCACCUUUCCACUCUGCUCUGUCCUUCCCAGUGAGGGAGAGAGCCAUGAGUACGCCACUUUCUAAGGCACAUCGGAGUUCUAAGACAGGAGCACACGUGCUCAAGACACCGGACUCUACCAAGGAGAAAGCAGGUGGACAGGGUUUCAAAGUGACAUUGAAUCCAAGAUUCGACAAUUUAGGAUUUUCUGUAGAAGAGACCAAAAGCAGUGAUCAGCGCUCAGUGUAUCAGUCCCCUCGGUGCCCUAACGUUGAACACUUAACUAGUGAAAGCGAAGAUGAUGUUUUCCUGAAAAAAACUAGAAAACCAAAAAGAAAUGUCCUGAAGUCCCCCGAGGAUCAGAAAAACAACGAAGUUGAUUCUCCUAUUCAUGUUGUAAAAAAGUCCAGGGUGCUUAGGUCAGAAUUAUCAUCUAGCGACGAUGAGAGUGAGAAUUUUCACAGACCAUGUCCAAGAUUGGAAUACUUCAAGGAUCGUAACAGGAACACCAGAAAAGGCUCCAAAGCCCAAAAGAAACGGAUUCAUAUGAAGGCUCUAGCUCGGGGGUUCUUAGACGAGGAAGCAGAGGUCUCUGGAGAGGAUGCGGACGGUGUCUCAUCAGAUGAGGGUGAUGACUCUGAGAACGAGAAGGAUUCCUCACUGCUUGAUUUUGUAAAUGACCGGACCCAGCUUUCACAGGCUAUAAAUGAUUCUGAAAUGAGAGCUAUUUACAUGAAAUCUGUGCGUAGUCCAUUGAUGAGCACUAAGUACAAAAUGGUCCGUGAGAAACAUAACAGCAUGAACAUUUUCUCACAGAUUCCUGAGCAAGAUGAAAACUAUUUAGAGGACAGUUUUUGUGUUGCUGAAGAAGAGUCUUGCCGAAGCCAAUCAAGUGAAGAAGAAAUUUUUGUUGACUUUAACUUAACUAAAGAGUCCUUCACAGAUGAGGAUAUAAGGUAUAAAACUCGGCAUGCAGUAAAGCUCAAACAAAUGAACAAGAAACAAAACUAUACACGGUCAAGAAAGAAACUGUCUAGAAUUAUCUUACCAGACAGUGAUUCAAGUGAGGAAGAAAACACUGCGAAUGGCAGAGAAGAUCCCAGUGCUGGUGGCCAUGCUGCUGACAAGCACACACGGCAGGGCCAGCUCUGGGCUUCAGGGCCAUCUGGGUCAGUGCAGCCCAAGGUCCUUUGUAAUCCAGCAGGGAAUCAGUCAUCAGGGCAGAGACUACAGGUGCUACCAAACAUAAUGGAUGCCGUUCCUGGAGCCUUGAACGUGAGGGCUCAGAGCCAUAAUCAAAUCAAAUCUACGUCACCACCAUGUGCUGGCGUUGAGUCAAGGAAGGAGUGUGGGAACCGUCCAGUUCAGUUGAAGGUUGGUGAUCAGGACACUUCAGCAGCACCCUGCUCUGCUUCACUGCUUCCUGACGCUGAGGUACUCAUAGCCCCUAGACAUCCGAGAGAAGGAAACAGAGCCUGCAUUCUUGUAGACAGUCGUGAAAUCACUACCGGUUUGGAAGUCAUUUCUUCGCUACGAACAGUUCAUGGGUUACAAGUGGAGAUUUGUCCUCUUAAUGGCUGUGACUACAUCGUAAGCAACCGAAUGGUAGUAGAAAGGAAGUCUCAGUCUGAAAUGUUAAGUAAUACUGCUAAGAACAAGUUCAUCGAGCAGAUUCAGCGCCUGCAGAGCAUGUUUCAAAGAAUAUGUGUGAUUGUGGAAAAAGACAGAGAAAAAGCAGGAGACAUAUCAAAAAUGUUUAGAAGAACAAAGUGCUAUGACAGUUUGCUGACUGCCUUAGUUGGUGCUGGAAUCCGAAUCCUUUUCAGCUCUGGACAAGAAGAAACUGCAGGUUUAAUAAAGGAGCUGUCGUUGGUGGAACAAAGAAAGAAUGCCGGGAUUCAUAUUCCAGCAGUACUAGACACUGGUACAUGUGAGGCACUCCAGUUCUACUUAAGUAUUCCCGGUGUAAGUUAUGUAACUGCCUUAAAUAUGUGUCACCAGUUUUCAUCUGUGAAAAAGAUGGUGAACAGCUCCCCUGAAGAAAUCUCCACAUGUGCGCAAGUAACUCAUCAAAAGGCUGAGGAAAUCUAUAAAUAUAUUCACUAUACAUUUGACAUGCAAAUGUUACCAAAUGAUCUUACUCAGGAAAGACAGAAAUCAGAAACAUGCUCGACACUCUGAGUCACUAUGAAAGAACUCUCAUAAUGCUAAUAUAUUUCAAUAAUCAUUGUAGUUUGUGAUUACCAGUUUAAAAUAUGUAAAUAUUUCAUCUCUUAAUGAUCUUUACAUUGUAUACUUUUUUAUUUAUAAACUAUAUAAUUUAUUUUUAAAAGGAAAUCUUUGAUGUUCCACAAUCAUUUUGAUUAGACCAAAACAAAUUUUUACUGAAUAAAUCAAGACUGUGUGAAGUGAUCAGAGUGGUUUAAGCAUCUAAGUAAACCAAAGAGCUGGGAGGUGUUCAGCUGCCUCAUGUUGGCUGCGUAAGCCUGAUGACCUGAGCUCGUCCUGUGCUGGCUGGUCUAAUGUCAGCUUAAGUUAUCUGGAAGGAGGGAACCUUGAGUGAGAAAAGAUCUACUGUAAGUAGUUACUGUUGGGAGUGGACCAAGACCAUUACUGGUGGUGCCAUCCCUGGGCUGGUGGUCCUGGGUUCUAUAAGAAAGCAAGAUGAGCAAGUCACGUGAAGCAGGCCAGUAAGCAGUACCCCUCCGUAGCCUCUGCAUCAGCUCCUGCCUCCAAGUGCCAGCCCUGCUUGAACUGCUGUGCUGACAUCCUCCGGUGAAGAGACUAUGAUCUGGAAGUAUAAGCCAAAUAAAACCUCUCCUCCGCAACUUGA